AUAAAUUUCUAAUUUGAAUAGAAACCAGUCAUUGAAAAGUAUUCAUCAUUGAGGAGAAAAUAUUUUUCUAUCUUUUAUUGUAUGAAAUCUUGUUCAUACUGAGGUGAAUUGACUAAAAGUGAAACACUUUGAAAAUGAGAUAUGAUUUUCAAAUACUUUUAUACACAAUGAAUAAUAAAUGGAUAAUCAUUUUGGAAAUGUAAUUUAUGCUACACAUUUAAUUUACCUAAAAUAUUGAAAUAUUACUGGCAAUGAAAAUCACUUACUUAAUCAUAAAGAACUACGAGUAAACAUUUCAAUCGUUUUUAUUCAUCAGCAUAUAAAACCACCUCAAUAAAAGUCAAUAGUAGAAUGAAACAAAGUGAACUCAUAUUAAACAGUGAAAAUUUUGAGCUCAUAUUUCCGAUUCAAUUAAAAAUACUCAAACAAAAAUAUAAGAUAUAUAAAUCAAAUAUCAAAUAUAAUGAAAACAAUCAUAAUGCAUGUUAAUGAAUUAUGAUACAAGAUCGUAUGAAAAAAUUUCAAACAAGCAAUUUUAUGAGAAACCAUUUAGAUUGCAUGAAAAAUGUUAAAGAAUCAGGAUUGAUGCAUUCUUCAGUUAUUAGCAAUAAUGAUAUUGGACUUGAACCAUAUACAGAUAUGAGUGCUUAUAACAUUCCCAUAGAAAGUAACUCACCAAAUGUAGAAAAUCAUGCUGCAAACACAAUUCGUGUAUUAGCAGAUAUGUUCACUUGUAGACAGUCAAAUUUUCCUAUGACGGUUGGGAUUUUCACUCAACAAAACAAUAAAGAAUAUCUUUCACAACUAGCAAGUGAACUACACAACCUUAAUCGUCUUGAAAAUCCAAUACCUUUGAAAUUUAGCAAAUUGCUAUUUGUAUUCCCUUUAAUGAUCAGUGCAAUUUUAGGAUAUUUUGUUGGAAUGCUCACGAAUUGGCAGAUUGGCUUAUCUAUUGGGCAUAUUGGUAUGUUCAUACAAAUUACUUUUCUAGCAUUGAUUAUAACAGGAUCUCGAUUUUGUCAAAAACCAAUUGCUAUACGUGCCAGCUAUUCAAUAGCCUGUUUUCUUCAAUGGAUUAAACUCUUUUUAAAUAUCUGUUUUUGUUAUCCUGUCAAGUCAAUAAAUACUAAAACACCAGUCAGAGUUAUUGUUGUAUAUCAUCGGAUAUGCCCGUCUUCAACAACAAAUAUAGCGUUAUUCUCAUUAGUUGAAAAAAUGUGGUUUGGUUUAGUCCGACAUUAUGGACAAAUUUUAAUCAGACUCCAGAGGGCUGGAAAACCUUCUGAUUCUUUUAGGCGACCUUGUGUGCAGUACAAUUUUAUCCCCAUACAAUACUACAUUUUGUAAUAGCUUUACACAAGAACCAAAACUUAUUGCACAAAUAGUUGGCAAUAAUUUUCAUUUAGUACAUGCUAGCUUAUAUUUACCAAUAUAUUUAGAACCACCGAUUUUUACCGAUUUCCCAGAAAUAAUAAAAUCAAAUAAUGAACAAAUGAAACAUAAUCAACUUUUACAUUCAUCAUUCAAUGGUUACUCAUCAACAAAUGCUAACUUACAACCUAAUAUAAUUUCAUCGGCAGAAAUAUCAACUAUCAAUGUAUCAUCAAGAAAAGUGUCAUCUAGUCCGAAUUGCGUUUCAAGUCAUGUACAAAGAGCUAUGUUUAACAACUUUUACGGGACAAAUUCAAAUAACCAACAUAAUUCUAAAAUUACUCCAAUAAAUAAUGAAAAAGAACAAAAUAACAACGAAGUUACAGAAGUGAAUGAGUUCAUCAGUGUAAAUGAUAUUGCAAGUAUGUUUUUACAUAAUCAUGAACUAGCUGAUUGGAAUGGGAAAGUUAUCAAACAAUUGGUGCUGUCUACAGCAUUUACAUAUCGUCUAUUGAAACUGUACAAUAUGAAUAUUGAAAUUGGACUAGUAGUCUUAUGGAUAACGCUUAUUCAUCAUUGGCCAUAUCAUACAACUUGGUUAAUAAUCUAUCUAGAGGAUUUGAAUGCUUCAAAUUCAAUAAAUUCCAACAAAGAACAAAAUCUUGAAGUCAAAAUUAACCUAAUGGAGGCUUUUCUCGAGGUUAAAAAAAGAGUUGGUGAAUCAAUUGAAAUACUGGAAGCUUUAGCAACAGAAGAUCGAGAUUUAGAAAGACUUAAUAAAUUUCUUUAUUCGAAAUCAUCUACUCAAAUUCCGGUGAAUUCGUUAAAACAACUUAUUGCAUGUAGCCUAAUACAUAAUCCAUUUAUCCGUUAUUCAAUUCAAGCUUUAUUGGGAAUGAUGAACGAUCGCCAAUCAUCAGGUCUACAUCAUAGUUUUGUGAAUCCUCUUGAUGCAGUCGUUGAGGAGAAGAGUGAUACUACAAAUCAUAGUUUCACUUUAGAUAAAGUUAGACAAACAAAUUCAGUACCCAUCUAUGCAAGUGUUCAGUUGAAUUCUUCAAGAGGACAAACAAAUCAAAUUAGCUGCAAAACAACUGGUUCACUAUCAUCUGCUGAAAACCUUCCUUCAAACGCCCACUGGCCAUGUUCAUCUGAUACAGUCACUACAGGGGAUAAUUUCUUUAAUAAACCAUGUCCAUUAAGGUUGAAGAAAAGAUACCCAUCUGUUCCAAUAAAUCAAUACACAGUUAACGAUGUCUGUGAGUUAUUUUCAAGUAUCGUUGACAUUCAUCCAUCUCAUAUGCAAUCUUAUAUAUCCAAAAUAAAACAACUAAAUAUUAAUGGAAUUGUACUCUCAGUGUGUGAUCUAGAAAAUCUAAGACAAGAAUUAAUGAUUGAAAUAAGUGACUGGCAACUGAUUUAUAAACUGAUAACUUGGUUACGAUCAUCAUCUACUAAUGGACACAUAACUUUCUCAGAAAGUUCACAACAAAGACUAGGUGGUAUUUCUACAAAUGAAUUUGAUGUAAGCGACCUGCUAACUGGAUAUAACAUGACUUUUAAAAGUAAAUAUCAGCAACCACAACAACGAUUAUCUAAUCACACACUACUUACAUCGAUGCCGUCUUUAAAUUCUGAAAAAAUGUCAUGUACAUCAGAUCAGAAACCGAAAACAUCUAAUCCGUUUCUUGUUAGACAAACACCUUGGCUUGUUUCGCCAAAAAUACCAAUCACAAGCUUAUCAUCCAAUGGUAAAUCACUUGAACCAUUUCAAGAAUUCACUCUUGAACAACGUCCUAGUCCAGAUACUUCUGACCAACAGAAUUCCUGUAGUGCUAUGGAAGAACCAGAAUCGCUAUGGAAAACUGACGGUUUAAUAAAUGUUUCUGCAACUACGGAUAAAACACCCGUUCCACAUCCAAACAUGUUGGUUGGAAGCAUUGAAAAUUUGCAUAUAAUCAGUAAUCCCAACCUGUUUUCACACCAGGAAGGCUUGAGUAAACCAAAAGAAAUAAGGAAAGCAAGUAAGCAUCCGAACAAUCAUGAAAUUAACAUCAAUAAACCAGAAGUUAAAGUUACAUCAGGACAUUCCUUUCAUAGAAGCAUGCAAAACUCAUUGCAUUCUAAUCGGUUCGUCAAUAAAAAUGGUUAUGCCAGUCGUUCAUCCAUUGAUUUAAGAACAGUUUUUGGUCCUGAACAAAAAAAUCCACCGAAUAUAAAUUUAUUUAGUAAUUACAGAAUCAUACAUAAUUCGAAGAGAAACCGCGUUAAAAAGGCUUUAAUAGAACAACAUCGAAGGCAACAACUACAACAACGGCAUCUUUUAACGCAUAAUCCUAAUUUUAAUUAUUUUGUAGAUCCAGAAUUUUGUUCAUCAUUUGUGUGUCCAUUAACAAAACAUAAUGCGAAUUUUUAUAACCAUGAUUUAUUCAAUAAUAUAAAUCAUACGUUUGAUUCAAACAUACAAAAUAUUAAUGCCUCUAAGUUGAGGCGCAUCACUAAACAACCUCGUAGUAAUUAUGAUUAUCAAACUAUCGAGAAUAAUACACCUGUAUUAAUCGCUAACGGUUAUAACAAUGGAAGUAGUAUUAAUAACAACGAGGAUCACAUCAAUAACAUAACACCAAGCAAAAUCCAUAUUAAACAUUUAGAAGAAUCAUUGAAUAACGUUGAAUCUGAAACAGAUGAUACAGUUCAAUCUUCGGACAAUAAAAGUUCUCAACUUAAGUUUCUUAAUCAAAACAAAUCAUUUUUAAAUCAUUUAAAAUAUUAUCCUUCUUAUAAGAUUCAUCCAAAAGCAAUUUUCUCUUCACCAGCUUUAACACCAGCUCAGUUAACUAGUCUACAAGCUUAUACUGAAUGGUCAACAAAAAUGAAUCCUUACUUUGCAAAUGCAACAAUGAUGACUAACACAGGGUCUGUUAUUCCAAAUAAUUCAACUAAUGUUUGGCCUAGUUAUCUGGACCAACAUCAAGUAAAUAAAUUCCCUAUAUUUAAGUCAUCUACACACAAAACAUCCGAUCACAAAUCAUUUAGACCAAGUCAAAAGAAAAGGCCAAGAAAAACAAAUCCAGAUGACAAUGAAUAUAUUAUAAAUACAAAUAAAGAAUUUCAACCUACUAAUUUAACAAAAGAUAAUGUAUAUUCAUUAAAAUUAUCAUAUGAUUCAGAUGCUGAAUUGUGUACAUGUGAUUACUGGUAUGAAUUAGAAAAGGCAAAAGAAAAGUUUACAAUUAGUGAACCAUCUUUAAGAGCUGAAUCAGAUUUAGUAAGUAUAGAUGAUUUUGUUAUUGAUAAUGAUUAUCAGUCAAGUGCCACAGAAUCAUUAAAUUCAACCCAUAUAUUACAAACAGACAAGAGUAAACUUUCAAAAUAACAUUCAAUUAAAUGAUUACAGUAAUAAAAAUUUUUUUUAAAAAUCUUUGUAUUAUGUAACUUUUAAUUUUGAAUAUCAUGAUACAAUUUUUUUUAAAGAAAAAUGUUUUCAUGUAUAAAACAAAUAAGCUGAGUUAUACUAUUGAUUACAGUUACCAUUAUCACUAUCUAUGUUGUUUAAUUUUAUUGUGGUUUCUACACUAUUCACUUAUACUGCUGAAUUUGGUCUAUAAGUAGUACAAAUAUCCAAUUUAUUCAUAGUAUUCAGUUUAACAAUCUCAUUUAAGAAAACAGUACAUGUAUGUAUUAGAAAUCAUUACAAAUGUAUAUCCCGAAUAGGUUACAGAUAUAUACAGAUAUAUUACGAAACAGUAACUACAUUUAGUGAAACUGAAUCAUUAUUUGCCUAAUAAUCAGGAUAUUAACAUAUAAACGAUAAUAAUUCUUAAUACUUUCUUAGAGUACAGUAUUGAAUCAUUAAUAUCUUCACAAAAAUUAAUUUGUUUCAAUAAACCAUUAUUUUUUACAAAGAGUUCAUAUGUAAUAAUCUGUUAUAAACAGUAUAAAGAUCUAUCAUAUACUCACUCAUUUAAUCAAGUAAUACAUUUCUUUGUAAUCGAUUCAAAUGGAUAGCAGGAAAAUAAAAACUUAUAUAUGUUUAUGCAUUUUUUUUGAAAGUUUUGUUGUCAAUUUACAAAUCAAUUGAAUAUUUCUGUCAUUAAGUUAUGAAGUUUAUUUUUCAUUCUUUGUAACACAUGUAAUUUAUCAUGAUAGCCAUGUUUUUAUCCUGGUUUUCUUUUUUUUCUUUUUUGUGAUUGUGAUUAGUAAAACUGAUAUAUUUCCUUCUGUUCAUUUUUAUUGCAUUUACUUAUGAUUUUAUGUCUACUUCGGAAUUUUAGUUAUUAUUAUUCAUAUACCAUAUACCAUCAACAAAAUAUCCGCCAUAAUUCUUAUCUAGACGGUUUAUUUUCCUCGUACCUGUGUUUUAUUUUUUAUAAAUCAAUACGGUUUUCUUUUUGUACAAAUGUAAGUAAAUAUAUUGUGAACAUUAUAAUUAUAAAUACCAUGUAAAUUUGUUGUGAAUAAUUGCUUGUUUACUACAUAUUUUUACCACCAGACAUACUUAGAGUAUCAUAGAAGAUGUGGAAGAUUUGUCUUUAAGGUUUCACAUUAAUUGUGAAUCAAAUUUCUAGUGAAAUCUAGUCUCUGUUUGCAGGAAUAGUAUUGAAAAUUCUAAUGAUUUGCUUUAUCAUAUAAUCACUGAGGCAUGAGUAUACCAUAAGUUUAUUAUACAGAAUUAAUGAUUAAAAUACAAGACUUUUCGUUACAUCAUUUACACCAACAGAUUUGAAGAGGUUGUCAUGGCGAAUCAUAUGAGUAUUACUUUAAGAAUCUUAGACACUCACGUACCAUGUUAAACAUUCAUAAAUUUAAUUUUACAAAAACACACAUAAUCAUAAGCACUUUCCAC